AUGGCAGAAGUUCUUAGCAACUUAAUCAAAUCCAAGCAAUCUGUCAGUCAUUGGGAAGGUAUACAAGUUCAUAGAUUGAUAGAGCCUAUUACCCAUUCUCAAUUUGCGGAUGACACCAUUUUGUUUGGUGAAGCAACAAUGAAAGAAGCCAAAGGAAUCAAAGAGGUAUUAGACAAAUAUUCUAAGUUGUUAGACCAGGUAAUGAAUAUGGAUAAGUCACAAAUUUUCUUUUUCAACACAGAAAGAUUGUUACAGAACUGCAUUUCGCAUUUGCUUGGCUUAAAAAUUGCUGAUUUGCCCCUCAAAUAUCUUGGGAUCAGAAUUAACAUGGGUUGUAGGCAAUCACAUAUUUGGGAGGAUGUACUCAAUUCUUGUAAGAUUAAGUUGGAGCAAUGGAAGAAUAGAUGGCUUAUACAAGCUGGACGGAUAUUAAUGAUUAAAUUUGUGCUAUCAGCAGUUCCAAUCUAUAGUAUGCAAUGCUUUCAAAUGCCCAGUUUGGUUGGAGCGAAAUUAGAUGGGUAUCUAAAAAAGUUUGUUUGGGACAGGGCCAAGGAACAUAAGAAGAUACCUUUGAUUAACUGGGAUACAAUGUGCAUGCGGAAAGAGGAUGGAGGUGCAGGGUUGAGAAAAAUGAGUUUGCAGAACUUGGCACUUGGAGCGAAGCUAUCAUGGAAAAUGUACAAAAGCCCCAAUAAAUUAUGGUGCAGGAUCUUUCAGAAAAAGUAUUUGGACUCAGAUGAUUUUGAACGUAUCUUCACAAUUGCAGAUGCAUACAGGAGCUCUCCCACUUGGAAUUUCCUUUAG